AUGGCCGACAGCUUCCGAAACGCGAUGAUCAAUCGGGCGCUUGGCGAUAUCAAGAACGCAAGUCCCUUCGAUAACCUGCAAUUCCUCGUUGAAUCUAAUGUCAUCACCUCCGCACAACACGAUGCCGUCUUGGCGCAAAUCCCCGUCUCCGCUGAGAACAGCAGCCGCGCACUUGCCGCAGUGCCUACCCAACAACUCGCUCAGAUGAACAUCAAGAGCGAGCCCACGCCGCCUCCAGAGAAGAAAGCCAGCAAUGUGGGCUACUAUGCCGACAACACUGCCAAUGCGCCUCCACCAGCCUACCCAUCGGUCCCCGCGACCCCCGCUGGACCCCCAGUCCUCGCAUAUGCAUCAGCAAUGUACCAAUACAAUGCUCAAGACGCCGGUGAUUUAGCACUCAUGCCUAACGACAAGAUUACUGUGUCAGAGUAUAUGAACAACGAGUGGUGGAAGGGACGCAACGAGCGCACUGGCAUGGAGGGUAUCUUCCCGGCCAGCUACGUACGGACGGAAGAGAAGAGCAUGGUACCUGCCGCUGCGCCAGCAGCGCCAGCUCCCAGUAAUUAUGGAAACAUGCCGCUUGAUGUUGCGCAAGGCGCCCAGCAACCGCCACACGAGCCCAGCAAGUUUGAACAGAAUGGCAAGAAGUUUGGUAAAAAGCUAGGCAAUGCUGCAAUCUUUGGAGCUGGCCACGGUUGGAAGCAAGCUCGUGAACGGAAUCUUUUAGAGAUACCUCGCAACUCCAGCUACUAUGAGUUGAUGCAAUCCAGGAUCGUGUCAAUGGACCGGGCCUAUGCAAAUUGA